AGCGAUUCGUGCGCUUUCUUCCCCCACGGCACUACCUAACCUUCCCUAAUAUUCCUUUGCACUUCUCCAAAGUUGACGUGUCUAUAAGCUGGACAAGCCAUUUAUUUUUCUUAGCUCAGUCCUUCACAUUUCUGGCACUGCCGAGGAAGCCUUCUUAGCCAUGCUCAAAACCCCUCAGAAGGUCACAGCCACGGAAGAGCCAGCGGAGCAGCCAAUCUCUCUGAACUCCAUCGGGAUCAUCGUAGAAUCAGCUAUGACGGCACUUCGUGCGGAAUUUGAAAAUUCGCUCAAAAAGUACUCCGAUGACCGGUGCGAGAGCCACCAGCGAAUGAUGGACAAGGUAAUCGGACUUCAAGAUGAAGUAGCUGGAUUCGAUGAAGGCAUCAAGCUCAGUUACAGGCGACUUGAGGGACCCGUUUACCGCUCUACCAAUAAUCGUCGUCGUCGUUUACUUCUUCUCCAUCGUCGCGCACGUCAUCGUCGUGAACAAUGAGAUAAUAUUUUCUACGUCUUUAACCGUCUUAUACAGUCUCAGCUCCGACCUUCCACCACUGGCACGAGUAUUUCAGUCUAUGUAUCCACUCCACAUCAUCAUGUUUUCUCUUCAGCUUCUUGGCUCAUUGCUACUUAAUUUCACCACCAGGAACAUGUUUGCCACUAUUUUCUUUGGGCCCAAUCACUGUGACAGAUGAUGCUCCAUUAAUC